AUGAAGGAAAUAAACAGAGGAAUUGCUGACAACGGGGGAUUCGUGAAUCAGGAAGAGAAGAAUUUCACCAUUUUCGAAACCUCGUUGCUCUAUGCCAAUGACGGAUUCACCGUGUACGAUUGCAGCAACGGCGAGUUGGUCUUACGAGUUGACUCGUGCGAGCUCGACGCCCGGGACAGAGACGAGCUCGUCCUCAUGGGUCCCCACGACCGCUGCUUAAUCACUUUCCGAAAGAAGGUGUACGAGAACCCAAGGGAGGAGUAUGAGAUCGAAGGGAGCUGCUGGAGCCGGAGCUGUACGGUGAUCGAUGCGGCGAGGAGAGCGGUGGUGCGGAGAUCCGGCAGAAGGUUGACGCGUCGACGAACAUGGUGCUGGGGAAGGACGUGUUAUCGUUGA